GUGGAAAAGACCCAUCUCCAACCGGAAGAUACAAUUCGCGUGACUGUGUACUCUGACAAAUCAAAGGCCAUUAAAUCUGCAUAUUUUGAAGUCUUCCAGUUAACUAACCUGCCGGAGCUUGAAAUGAGUGCCAAUGCAGAUGUUAAAGAUAAGAAAGAUGAACCUGGUUGUGUAUCUAUUGGCAAAUCAAAGAAGGUUUCAGUUAAAAAGAGUUAUCCCAAGCAAUAUGCUUCCAAAGUGGUCGAUAAGUUCUCACCCAAUUUGGACACUCCCGGACGAGUGGAUCAAAAGCGCGACGAUCGAAAACAAAUUCCGGAAAACGAUCGGAAGGCUGGUUGCCUUAUGGAACUGCCACUACCAACUAAACCAAAAACAUUGGACCAAAGCAUUGAUGCGGCGGGAAUAAGGAUUGAAUAUCUCUUGCGCACUCACUUGGAUGUAAAGGGUGAAAAGAAGUCCACAAUAAUAGACCAACCGAUAACAAUUUCGUCGGAGCUCUUGCCAAACUACAAGAUGCGGUACAUCAAAUUUACCGAAUAA